AUGUCUCAUAAACAAUCAACAUAUAUUGGAUCAACCCCAGAUAUAAAGAAGAGAUUAAGACAGCAUAAUGGGGAAUUAACAGGAGGAGCCUAUAAAACAAAAAAGAAAAGACCAUGGAGAGUGAUUUUAAUUGUAUAUGGGUUCACGUCAAAAAUUUCUGCAUUACAAUUUGAACAUAGUUUACAACAUAGUUAUCAAACACGGCUAAUAGACGAAAAGAUCAGUAAGAAGGGUGGUAGAAGUGUUCAUAAAUUACUUGGAAAUGUUAAGAUGUUAUUGGAUUCAUUUCAUAGAUUACAAGUAUGUAUAUUUGACAACGAGGCAAAAGAAAUAUGGGAUAUGAAUAAAUAUAAUAUAAAUUCAGUAAUAACUCCGGAACUUAUAAAUUUUGAUGAGUUUGAUAUGGGUGAAAUAGAACUAUUACAUAUACCUGAAAGAGUUUGUAUCAUUUGUAAAGAGGCAGUUGGUGAUAAAUUUGGUAUUUGUAACGAUCAUGUUUUCCAUUUUGGUUGUUUAGCGAAAAAGUCAACGUUAUUGAUUCCUGAUACAAUUGACUGUGUGUGUGGUGAAACUAUUAUAUGGAAAGAAAUGGUUAAGCAAUCAUUAUAUACUAUCAAUCAUGAAAUUGAACAACAAAAGAAGAGGAAUGGAUCAAUUUCAAGUAUACAGACCAAAACAGCCCAAUCUCAAAUAAAGACUACUCAAGCAUUAUUUGUCGAAGAAGAAUCAAGUCAAAAGAAACAUACUACAGCUUCUCAAUUAUUGCUCGAAGAAGAAGUAAGUCAAAACAGAAGUAGAUCAAAUUUACAAUCUUUAUUCGUUCAAGAUUCAAGUCAGUAA